GUUAUUUCUGGGGCAGACCUCAUAGUCCUAGCUGACCUCAUUAAAUUACAAUCUUUAAAUUACCGAAUGGCGCGAUUUAUCCCACACUCGUUAUUCAGUUGGCAUUUGAUGUUGUUGAUAUCAGAUUCCAUGACAUGAGGUGAACCACACCAGCCCUCGCUUAAAUAUACCAAACACUACAUGAACAAGAAGAAAGAAGGAGAAAAGGAGCUGAAGAACUUCCAUCGAGCAAAAAUAUGAAGCUACUGUGGAUUGGGUUCAUUCUUGUCGGCUGUGGACCUGUUCUGGGUUUGAAGCCUCUAGAAAAAGCAUUGUCGAAAAAAGGGGAAUGUCCCAUGAUGACAUCAUCGGAUGCUUGCCCAACACUACAGCCUAACAGAUGUGCGGUGGACUUUGAUUGUAAUGGUACUCAAAAAUGUUGCUUCGAUGGUUGUAUUUUACGCUGCAGAUCUCCAUACCAAUACACAAAAAGAGAUCCCAAUGUAUGCGAAGCGGAGGUGGAUCUUGGCUUCCUAAUCGACUCUUCAGCAAGUAUUGGCUAUCAAAACUUUAAAGGCGUCAGAAAGAUGGUGGAUCGAAUCGUCAAUGUGUUUACCAUUUCUCCAGAGAAAACCCGUGUUGCAGUCAUUAUGAUCGAUGAUGUCCCUAGCCAUGCACUCAAGUUUAACACCUUGAAGGGGAAAGACCUGAACAGCAAAAACGUCCGCCGCAUUGUUGACGAUCUGCAAUUCAGCAAGGGAAAAACAAGGAUCGAUCUUGCCCUGCGUAUGGCGUACAAAGAGAUGUUCAGCAAGAAAUAUGGCGCGCGGUCAAACGCUAGAAAGAUUCUUAUUGUUUUUACCGAUGGAAUUCAAACCUGGGCACCUUCAAAGAUGGUCAAACUCUCCAAAGCAUCCGAACCACUCAAGAGAAUUGGUGUUAAGCUUAUUCCCGUGGGGGUAUGGAGUGAGCAGAUCAAUGUUGGCUCGUUAAUAGAUAUAUCAACAGAUAACUACACAGUGUACAAUAUGGACUUCUUUCCAGAGCUUCUCCAGGCUCUCAAGAAGAUGUCGAAGGUUCCUUGUAAAGAUAAAGCCAGAGGCAUCAAAGAAUGGAACAAUAUUCUGAAAAAAUCCUUCAUAAAAAAUAAAUCUUAAACAACCAAGAAACGCCUAUUGCCCCCAAAAAAUUGAGGACUCAAUACACAAUAAUGGUUACCUGCUACAAUGCAUCAUCACUUUUUUACCUAGUCUAUCAUCUGCAAUCCUAUACUUGUCUUUAUAGCUCAUAUMAUUUUAGGUGGUCAUCACGCGGCAUUAAUUAGAAUUAGUGUAUUUCCAGU